AUGGCAGAUCCAGGCCUUAAUAUAUCUGAGAACUUCUUGCACGUUUCAAGUAAAGUGAGUAAGUAAAAGUGAAAGAUAAUCCUAACAAUUUUUAGAAACAUCAUUAACAAUGCAUUUUUGUGGAGUUGAAAAUAAGCCUUCGGUAAGACUGAUGCCAAGUUUUUUGUUUGUUUGUUUUGUUUUUCUUUUUUCAGGGAAAUAACCCCUUAUAUCCCUCGUUGUUUUGUUUUCAUUCGUUCUAAGUCUUCUUGGCCUUGAUUCUGUCGCAGGUAUUUUACUGGCCUUGUUGUUUAUCAGUCUUACAGAACUCCAGGCAAGACCUACCGAUUCCCCAACACUUCCUUCCAGUAAUUUUAACGGCACUUCCAGUUUGAGGAACACAACACGAUCUUCUGCACGGGAAACGACGGGCCUAAAGCCCCGGGAAAAAGUUGACAAAGUUACGUCUAGCACUAACGAGAUGCAACCUUCAAGCGUUAACAUCAAGCAAGCUACAGAGACCCAGGAUGAUCUGUCAGCAACUGACGGUUCUGGGUUAACCAGAACAAUUUUACCCACUAGCAUCAACAAGAAUCCCUGUAUAAAAAAAAUUCGUUACAGCUUUAUUUACAAUCAGUUGUUCAAAAUUCCUAUCUGUAAAAAAAACCAUGGCUGCCAUGAAGUGGUCAAAAUUGUGAACUUUGGAAAAGGAAGAACUCUGGCAGUAACCUACAACUGCCAAAAACAACGUUCUUAA